AUGGGCAGCUGGACAGGACAGCAGAAAGUAGGGCACACUACGGCGGACGACAGCACCCAGGCCGGCCCCGGUGAUUAUUAUGGGCCCCCCGCGGCGCAGAGACUUUUUACUUGCUGGGCGCGCGUGUCAGUCGGGAGUCGGGAUUGGGAGGUGGCAGUUCAGCAGUUCAGCGCCUCGGGAGAGCCUCGGCAUCUUGGACCAGACACUCUCAAGAGCAUCACGGCUGUGGCUGACUCGUCUCUUUACUAUCAGUAUUGGAGCAUUCAUAUUGCCUGGAUAAGUCGAUGGAUGUAUUGGAUGGGCUUUGCGGCUGCAGGGCAUCAGUGCGAGAGGCACGAAUCAGAGCGUGACAAAGCCACACGGCUCCAGGAACCGUCCACGUCCAACUGCCCGCCGUCCCGUGCUCGUCACUGUCACGGUCGACGCUGGAACCCUCCCCAAGAACGGUUGAAGCGUCUGCCGAGGAUGAAUAACCUCGCUCGUGACUGGCCAGCCGUGAUCCACCGCGAAGACGUUUUUCCUUUCUCCCUUCUCCCGCCUGCCAGCCCCUCGCCUACGGGUAUAACUGGAAACACCCAGCCAGGUCCUUACCAAAGUAACCACAGAGGCCCAAUGCCCAAGGCCCACUCCCGACUCCACCAGCAAUCACGAUUUACCACUUUACCAUCCCGGUCCCAGGAAAUCCCAUCGUCCCCUCGCGAUCCCUAUUCCCCCGACCCAAUCAGCGCCGCCGCCCACGUAAGAACCGUCGCUCGCCUUACCCCCUCGGCCUUUUCCAGAACCGCAUCGCUCCCCCGAGUCAUUUGCAGCAGCCCCGUCGCUCGCAUCCAUGUCGCCACCCUUCCCGGCCCUCUGGGACUGAGCCUGGCCAUUCCAAGUUCCCAGUGCCCAGUGUCCAGUGCCCAGGCCCAGCAGCCGAGCCCUGUUCCCGCCGGCAAGACGCCGUCGGAGACAUGGAGGGAGGGGGAGGACAGGGCAGGGAGAUUGAGGGAGGAUGAUGAAGGAUGAUGGAGAGAGGGUAGCAAAUCAGCAGCAUUAUUAUUAUUUACAGAGGGACAGGACAGAGGACAGAGGACAAGGACAGGCACAACAGCACCGUGUAACGCGCGCCGUCCCGAGGUUCAAUCAAUCCGAAAGCAG